CUUGAACAUUAAGUAAACAUUGAUUUGAAUGACAACUGAAAAGCAAUGAAAAGAAAAAUUCGUUUUUGAAUGAAGUGUUGAUUUUGACGAGAAUAUAGUGUCCAUUGAAGACAACAUGUGUUGCAAUGCAUUGCUAUUGAACUCGUUUUGCAGACAACUGUUGUCAUCAAACGAGAGUUCACUUCUUGUUUUGGGGAAGCGUGUGAUCUGCAAAAGCCCGGGUCAGUCACAGAAGGGCAAGAAGAGACCCGCGAAGAACAUCCGACUCAUCGCUAUUCCCGGACAACACGUGGAGGAGAGGUCCAUAUUAGGCAAACAGAAGGCACUGAAAUACCACCCUGGUUAUAAUGUGGCAUUGGAUCCGAAGAACAGGAAUUUGUAUGCAUUGUGUGCCGGAACUGUCUUCUACUCCAUCGAGAAAUUCAAUGCCAAUCCCAAGAGUCAGUUCGUGGAUCAGUUCUAUAGACAACAAAUUGGUCCCAUUUAUAAGAAGUAUAUUCAUGUGAUUAAAGAUAAAAAUCCCAUUGAAUUCAAACUCAUUGAUAUCGUCUAAUCACAGAUUCUGUGUUCAGUUUAGUCACCAAUUCAUUGAUUUUUAGACAAAUAUAUUGCAAAUAGUUUUGAGAAUUAGGUUUGAAUUUGAAAUGACCGUAAAUUUGAUAUACAGACAAUAAAUGUGGUGAAAAAUACAAA